AUGCACCCCAAAACCCUCCCUUGGAUAGUAGGUCUACUAUCACCCACCGUAACAUCCCUCAGCAUCCCAAUUCCAUUCCUACCCUCUCAGCAAAUCUUCAAUCCGAGUCCCUGGUCCGACAAUGAGAUCUGCCCACUAGCACCCAAGAUCUCUCCCCCGGAAGAUGGUCUCCUUCCAGCGCUCAGAUUCGUCAAAGACGAGUCCAUCCGCGCCCGCCAGGCGAAUCGUCUCUCUAGGGCUGUGCAAGUCCCUACCACCGUGACGGAUUACAUGAAAGAUCCGUAUGAUGAGGGAUUCGCUCCUUUUGUUGAGUUUCAGGAGCUUUUGGAGAAGCUUUUUCCUCUUACCCACAAAAAAGCAACCCUGUCGCACAUAAACCGCCUCGGCCUCGUCUACACCCUCACCGGGGCAGACACCACCCUAAAACCCCUCCUCUUCACCGCCCACCAAGACGUCGUCCCCAUCAACGACGCCAGCGACUGGACCCACGCCCCAUUCGAAGGCUACUACGACGGCACCUGGCUCUGGGGCCGCGGCGCCAGCGACUGCAAGAACGUGCUGAUCGGCCUACUCUCCGUCGUCGAGGAUCUGCUGAGCCAGGACUGGACCCCGAAUCGGACGGUGUUGCUGGCGUUCGGGUUCGAUGAGGAGUCGCAUGGGUUUCUGGGGGCGGGGGCGAUUGCGGAGUAUCUGGAGGGGGUUUAUGGGAGGGAUGGGGUGGAGUUUGUGCUUGAUGAGGGGGGGAUGGGACUGGAGACUCUUUCAUCAUCUUCUUCCUCGUCUUUCUCGUCUGCUUCUGGUGAUGGUGAAGGUGAGAGUGAAGACGGAGUAAUCUACGCCCUACCAGGCGUAUCCGAAAAAGGCAGCGUAGACCUCGUCCUCACGCUCUCCGUGCCAGGAGGCCACAGCUCGAUCCCCCCACCACACACGGGAAUCGGCAUUCUCUCCGAAAUAAUCUACACGCUCGAGAACACCGAACUCUUCACGCCCCGACUCGACACCAGUCACCCCUCGCGAAAGAAACUCGAAUGUCAAGUCCGCCACUCGCCCUCCAGCGUCGAGCCCUGGCUCGCCUCCGCCCUCCAAUCAAGCGACCACGUCAGCACAGCCGAGAAACUGGCCCGGUCACGCGGGGACCAAUUCCGCUACAUCCUGCAGACCUCGCAAGCAGCCGAUCUCUUCCACGGCGGGGUCAAGACGAACGCACUCCCGGAACAUAUCGAAGCGAUCGUGAACUACCGGGUUGCGUUGCACCAAACCCCGGAAGAAGUCAUGGAUCGGGCUGUGCGGAUUGUGUCGCCCAUUGUGGAGAAGUUUAAUCUCACGUUAGCUGCGUUCCCGGAGAACAAGAAGGAGGAGGAAGGGAAGGUGAACCAUUUGACGAUCUCGACGUUGAGCGGGGCGUUGUCGCCGGCGCCGGUGAGUCCGACGGGGACGGGCGAGGAUGCGGUUUGGACGCGGUUUGCCGGCGUCGCUAGAGCGGUGUUUGAGUCCGUGCCCAGUUUGAAGGGCAAGACGGUGGUGGUGAGUGGGGAUAUCAUGACGGGGAAUACUGAUACGAGGUUUUAUUGGAAUUUGUCGAGGAAUAUUUAUCGGUGGAGUCCGUCAAGGGCUGGGGGGGCGUUGAAUAUUCAUACGGUUGAUGAGAGGGUCGCGGUUGAUGUGCAUUUGGAGGCGAUGGCUUUGUAUUAUGAUCUUAUUCGCGCUUUUGAUGCGUGGGAUGGCUCGGUCGAGUCCACUUACGAUCUGCGGUAG